GCACGCAGCGCAGCGCCGAGAGGGCAAGGCCGCCAAACAAGCACCACGAGGCACCCGAGGCGUUGUGUGCGCAUCCGGGCAGCCUCUCGAGGCUUCGUUAAACGCACAUCCCGCGGGGGCAGCAAACGUUCGCGCUGCUGCUUGCGAGAAACACUUGCACGCUCUCGAGACGCCGCCGCAGACGCGAACACCACACAAGCCGCCCCCGGCGCCGCGCGACGACCAUGAGCGUCCGCGCCCAUAAAGCGCGGGACCAGGUCCAGAUCACGAAGGUGGCCAUCAGUCCUAGCAAAAAGCCGAAGCGAAGACCCCGGUCCGAGAAGUGGGCGAGGGUCGUCAACAGCCCGCCGAAGACGACGCCGGGCCGCAAGAGCCAGAAGCCCAUCCCCUUCCCGGCGCCCAUCGAGAUGGACGAGAACCAGUUCCCGCCCCACGACCCCUACGCGGCCGGUUUGGAGGGCAAGUCGCCUUAUAGGGAUCCCUUCGUGCGAGAUCUUCCCGAAGUCACCGAUGCCGACCGAGCUUUAAUUGCCGACUACAAGAUCCGCGUGAAGGGCGGGAAAGUCACGGAUGAAGCGUAUUGGAAGAGCGUCGGUUUUAAAGCUGUUGGGGACCCCGAUGCCAUCAGCGAGAAGAAGAAGAAGGACUAUGGGUUUGGGGUUCCGAAAUGGUCACCGCUCUACACCGGCAAGCAGUCGCCCGCGAAGUCGCCCGCGAAGCCGUCGUCCGCUCAGAAGACAGCACAAAAAGUUCUUGGAGUACCAGACAAUCUCAAGGCUAAGUCAGUGAACCCGAAGCCGGGGGAGCUGUCGGCGCAGCAGAAGAUGAACUACGGCUUCGGCAUCCCGCGGUGGUCGCCUUAUGCGCCGACUGGCUAUCGGGUCAGCAAGGGCAGUGAAAGUCACGAGUACGGGUCAUAUACCAAACACGACUACCUCAUCAAGCUCGCGGCGUACCUGCGGGAGCUCGCCAUUCAAUCCGGCGAAGAUUUAAAGAUGCAGCUCGACCCAUCCUUCAAGAGCCUUAAAGAGGCCGAGGAGAAGGCUAAGAGAGAAAAGGAGAACGCGGAGGCCAUGGAGCGGCUCUCGCGGGAGGCGUCACGUGAGGCAUCGGCCGAAAACUCGGGGGCCGAGGAGGCCUAGGCAGCGCGCCCGGCGCGUAAGAUAAUGAGUACAGCCUAA